UCCCUGGAUCUUUGCAGGUGAUGGCUGCCACCUGGCUGGGAGUGUGCACCUGGAAAGGCCUAGGGAAGGAUGACAGGAAUAAUCACAGUUAUGGAAAUACUUCUGGAGGAGUAAUCACAUGGUUGAGAACUCGCCAGCCUGGAAGAGCAAUGGUGUGAGCCUGUGAAACCCUUGGGACAGAAGAGGCUGUUGGAUCAGCCAUGCCUGGCAACGGGGACUGUAUCAGCCGUGGCCUGACCUAUGCAGGACCUGCCGUGUGUGUCAGGGCAGGUGACGGCACCGUGUGGCUGGAAGGAGCGGAGGUGAAUUCUGCUCCCAGCGCAGCUGCUGUGUCUGACAGGAGGUCGUCCUCCCUCAACUUGGGAAAACCCCGUGACUUGACUUGUAGCAGUGGAAGCUGUACGGGCAGUUUUGAUGCCGCGUUCACUGCCGGGGCGGUGUGGAGUGCGGGCUCACUGGGACAGGAGCGCGACUCUCCGCUAUCCCGGAGCCUCGUUGGUGCCCUGCGCUUCCCCGGUGCAGAGCGGGCCGCCCGCUCCCGGCACAGACUACAUCCCCCAGCGUGCACCGCGCCUGGCCGCCAGCACCGCGCCGCGCUAUUGGCCGUCCUGCGGGCCCCGCCAAUGGGGAGCGGGUAUAUUGGCAGGGGCUGGCAGGGCAGAGGCGCUGCUGGCAGCCGGUGCAGGAGAGGGGCGCGGCGAGGAAGGGCGACCCCCGACGGCAUGGGCAGCUGCGAGAGCAGCCAGGGCCGCAGGAACGUGUCCUUCGAGCUGGACGAGCAGGACCGAGUCCGGGUGCUGCAGGGCAUCAGGCUCACUGAAGAUGUAGUGAACAGGAUGAAAGGAUCCUCUCCAAGUAGAAGGGAGAACCAGAGAUCUCCCCUUGCAUCCAAUGGCACAGGUCCCUCCUCCCUGGCUGCAGAAGGGAAACCCAGACCUACAGGAAUUCAGCCACCAAAGGAAAGUGACUCUACUGCAGAGCAGGAACUCUACAGGAGGUACUUGCAAGAGCAGACACUGGUUCAAGAGGAGUUGGUUCGGCUGGCCAAGAGAGAAAGGGAAGCAGCCAAUGAGGCCAGGGAAAGGUUUGGCAUUAUUGAGGAGAGGCAGAGAGCAGCCCAGCUGCCUGUGGAUUUGGAUGCCUGGGCUGUGGAGCUGCAAGGCUGGGAGGCAGACCUGAAGCGACAAGAGGCCUUCUACCAAGAGCAGCUGGCCCGCAUUGAGAGGAAGAAUGCAGAGAUCUACAAGAUGACAUCCGAGCAGUAUCAGGAGGCAGUCACCAAGGCAGAGGAACGGAUAAAGAGGAGGAAUGCUGAUCCUGUCUGUGCAAACCUGCAGUCUGAAAUCCUGAAGUGCUACCAAGAAAACAAACGUGAAGUGCUCAAAUGCUCGGAGCUGGCGAAGGAAUAUCAGCGCUGUGUUAGUGCAGCUCAGAAGCAGGUUUGGAUCCAACUGAUGUUUGGACCCACCAGCAAGGAGCUGUUUGUUAAUUCUGGAUAAACAUCUGCCAGAGAGCAGAGGACAGGGACCACGGACACCCUUGGAACCUCCAGCAUCCCUCUGGACAGACACUGACCAAAACCAGUGCCUUCUGCCCUUCAUGACCAAGACAAUACAACAUGAUUCCUCUACUAACUGCCUGCAUGUAUCAGUCUCAGUGGAUGUUCCUGGGGUUGGGAGAAGGGUCCCAGGAGCAGGGGAUGCUGUAGUUUCUUUUCAUUGUUUUGCAAUGUAAAGAAUUGUGUUGACCCUGGGUGCUUCCAGCAUAGCUCGUAGCUUAGGGUAUGGCUCCAGCACAAGCCUGGUUCACCCCAUUCUAACUUUGGCUUCACCAACCUACAUCUGAGUUUCAGGAGCUGUUGCCUCUGUUUGUUUGCUCUGGAGAAGGGGGUCCCAAGUAUUUGGAAGUAACCCUGAGUAGCUUGUUAGGAUUAACUGUUCCUAGCAUGCUCCCAUUUGUUACACCAGCAGGCACAUUCCUUCCCUUCCAAGGUUCCCUCCUAAACAAUAAAGUGUUUAACAGUCA